AUGGUUGUGCGGAUAGAGAAAGAACGCCUGCAGCCCUCCCGGCUGCGGAGGCUGCUGCUGCUCUUGGAUGCCCCGUCGAGAGAGCGGGGCAGGUCGGAGUGGAAGCAACGAAUGCUUCGGGCUUUCGUCUUUGUCGCCAUCUUGUCUCCGCUGUGCCUGGCGCCCGGUGCGGACGCUCUGUUCCUGAAAAAGAAGAUUAAGCUAUUGAAGGCCAGCAAAGGCAAGUUUGGCUUGAGGCCCCAGCCGCAGCCCCAUCAUGCGGUCGGUCCAGCGUACUUACCGCCACCGCAGUGGAUCCCUCCACCUCACGCGGUGCCGUUCAGCGGACCCCCGGUUGCUCACUGGGGCUACCACGGUGACUACUCUGGGUGGGUGCUUCCGCCCCCACAGCCAGCGCCGCCACAGCCAGCGCCGGCACAUGGCUGGGUUGCCGGACCACCGAUUGUUCACGCUGCGCACCCACCACAACAGUUCUUCAACAAGGUGAUCAUCUCCGAGAUCAGUGAGCACCCGCAGCUGGACAGGACCUGUUAUCGGAUCCGUUUGGGAUCGUGGCGACGAGGGGUUAAUGUGUAG